CGUGCGAAGUCUGGCCAGCUGCUUUUCGGUGUAUUUUAUUUAUUCACUUUCACUAUUUGUGAAUUAAUACGAAAAAAUGAAAAUUAAUUAAAUAAGCGUUAAACCUAUAAUUUAUUAAGUGUCAUGUUUCCACCCUUUAAACAAUUAUGACGACAACUACUACUCUGUCGUGUAGCAAUUGCUUAUCGGUUAACACUUCUGGAAAUUUAGUUUCGUCAAUUUUGUUGCAAAAUGAAAAUGAACUCGUUGGAGGUACGACGACGAUUUCCAUUGCGAGCGGACUUUCCUCCCUAUUUUCUUACUGGGUGGGUGUACCCGCAGAUGAUAAGACGACUGACCCCCCCGUCCUCCAGUUUUGUCCCGAAUGCGCCCACAUAUUUCGGGAACUUCAUAAAAUUUCGGUCCAGUUUUUAAAAUUGAGUGGCACCGAGAGCCAGGUCGCUAAAAGGUUGGCGGAGUUGAGGCAAAUACAUGGAAUUACUUCAUCAUCCCAUCCCCACAUUUUUAAAGGUCAGGUGAAGAAAGAGGUCACGCAAGGUCAAGGACGUGACCUGGGAAAUCAGCAAAUCGACCCCAACGUACAAAUCAAAAAAGACCCUGAGGAUGACCUUGACCUUGCCGUUCUUAUCAAGGAGGAGGAAGAGGAUUUGGUCCAGCAGUACCCGGACGAUCCACUGCAUUUUGACGAUGAUAGUGUAAACGAAAGGCGUGCUUAUGGAGAGAUCCGUCUCAAAACUGAGGACGACGCUGGGGACUCCGAGGCUGACGACUUUGCAAUUGACCCUCUUAAAUUGUCGGGAGAUGAAUCAUCGAAUUAUUCGGCAUCCUCUGGUGACCAAGACAACAACGAUUCAGAACCCGACAACGCCGAACCUGACACUGCACCUGCCACACCAAAUCCUCUCCAGUGUUCCGUCUGCUUUAAAACGUUUGCCUCCCAGGAAACAAGAGAUCGCCAUUUUCGACACCAACACGACGAAAGCUUUACCCCUUUACCCUGUCCGGCUGAUAAUUGUGACCUCACAUUUAAACGGGGGGAGCACUUAAGGACCCACAUAGUAAAUCACCAUCCCGACGUACCCUGCCCACCCGUCAAAGGGAGACUAGCCUACAAGUCGAAGGGGGCCGCCUCGUCAAGCAAGGUGCCCUGCAGGGUCGCCACCUGUCACAAAAAGUACUCCUCCUCCAACAACAUGUACCACCACAUGCGCACCGCCCAUCCCGAAGUCCCCCUGAAAAUGCAGAGAAAUGCGAAAGGGUCCCAGGAAGCCAAGGAUGCCAAUAUUAAAAGUGAAUUAAACCGCGUCAAGGUUAAGAAAGCCUGUCCCAUUUGUAGGAAACUGUACAAUUCGAACAUUUUGAAUACACAUAUUAUGUAGAACACACUCGGACGAGCGAACACACCUCUGCAACACGUGUGGAAAGCUGUUCCUUACCUCGCGCUACCUCACCCUUCACAUCCAACAUGUCCACAUUCGAGAGAAAAAGUAUCACUGCGACGUCUGCGGGAAGGGUUUUGUCCGCAACUACGAGUGCAAAUACCACGUCAAACGGGUCCACGGGGAUGCUGAGAGAACCUUGGUUUGCGAAACGUGCGGAAAAACGUUUGGCCAACUGUCCGGGUUGAGGGCACAUCGGAAAACGCAUUACGACAAGGAUGCCUUCGAGUGUCCCGUUUGCCACGAAUUUACGUCAAACUCGAAGAACAACAUUUCGGCGCAUGUGCGACGGGUGCACGAAGGCAGGAAGAAGGCUGAAAGAAGUGGUCGCGGGAGGCCGCCGGAUGAUGAGAGGAGGCUAGCAAAUAAUACGAGGGGGGAGGAAGGGGCAAGUCAAAGUAAUAGUAAUAGUGGGCAGGGGUAGGAUUAUUGACCGGUUGAGGUGCCGUAUUUAUGUCGCUUUAGAGACAUUUUGUUUAUAAAUUGACCAAUUAAAUAGCAAUUCCUCAAAUACGAGUCAGAUUACAGAUUGUAUUUACACAAUAAGCAAAUAACAAUAAAAUUGUUACUUCUAACUUAAUGUUUCUUAAGCGCAUUUGAUAUGUGAGGUGAGGUGCUACAUAAUUAGCGCAUAUAUUUUAAUGCAUUAGGGAACGUCCAUAAAUUAUGGGACACAAAACUUUUCCCACCCCCUUCGCCCUUCAGCCUUGACAUGAUUUAUGGACUUCGCCUUAUGCGGAACACGUGGAAAAUAUUUAAACUUUGGUAGACAUUGAAUCAUUUAUUUAUUAUCCUUUAACUAAACAUUAAUCUCAAUAUUGUACAUUGUUUAAUACUUUUGUAAAUCAUACUAACGAAUAAUACGGUAUGUAUUUAUCGUACUUUCUAAUAAAUUCAUUCACCAGA